CAUAUCUGUAGUACCUGUUACGACAACGACCCUUCGUGCAUUAGUUAUGGGAUAUUCUUCCUUUAAUCGAAUCGCCGGCCACGGUGACUAAGCUUGUGAGUCAUCCACGGUGACUGUGUCUCUCCAUUAUUGCGCGCUGCAUCCCGGUCUACCUUAGUGUAUUCCUCAGCCAGGAUGACGGCAAGUCCACAGUGCCUUCCAUUGAUUUUCCGCAGGUCGGCUGCAUUUACACAGCUCUCUGUGUGGUGUGUGUGCAGAGCGCAGUGGAGUUUGUGAAAUUGAAGUUGAGAGCAUUGUUGCGGGAGAGCGAGAGAGGCAGCUGGUCAGUGUACGUGAGAUAGUGAAGAUGGUAAUAGCAAGUAACCAGAGCAUCACUCCGCGAUGUCUGCCGAUGACUGUCGCCAUCACGCAACCACUGUAUCGACAAGAUGAACAGUGGGUUGGCCUCGGCUUUCUCCUUGGCUUCCUCUUUGGAAGUCUUGUCGGAAUCUUCAUCGCGCUUAUAUGCUGCAAGAACUGGUACAACAAACGAAAGCACGGCGAUGUGGAACACCCUCUGUGGGUGCAGAGGCACCCAAUCAACAAGGGAUAUGUGCACAUGGUUGACGACUCUCCUCCGGCUCCCGUGUACCAGGCGCAUGACAACGCUGUCUACAUGCAGGGAGAGAAGGUUAUCAGUGAGUUACACCAGCGCAGCACUGACAUCAGCAACCACAGUGUGCCGAUCACCGAGUUAACGGAUAUCCAUGAUGACGGUGGCGCUGCACUCGGCAUGUCUCUGCUUCUCACGUUGAACUCCAGUGAGGAGAUUGCUGCGGAGGUAUCACGCCAGGAUGUGGAAACAACCACCGCACUGGAAAACAACCUGUGGAAGGAUAGAAACAUGCUGGUGCUAGCUAUGACGCAGGUGCUGUUGAAUCGGCUACACAAGCAGGAUAAGAUUAGCAAUGAGGCAGCCAGCUCUAUACAGCUGAACCUGCGAAACAAUCUCAACACCAUCAUCAAGACCGUGGAUCAGGAACGCUGUGCAAAGGAGCUGCUUAUCCGGGGCGAUGAGAGGUUGUCAUCUAACCCUGCAGUGACCGAGGAUGAGAUGAACAAUCUACAUAGGGAGCUUGUACACAAGAUGAAUUCUCUCAUAAAGGAAGAGGAGAGCAACGUGAGACGCGAUCUGGUGAAAACCGCAAUGCUAUCAGAAAACGAGGCGAACGAUGUCAUGGGCAGCUUUGCAGGGGGAGCCACUAGUAUAGACCAGAUUCUCUCGGCGAAAUACGCAAGAGAGUCGCAGUUGAUUCAGCAGCGGCUAUCGGAGCGCCUCCUGGUGGCCGAACUCGGCAGCCAGAAGAGGGCGCAGCAGAGCGAGGAAGUUCAGGCGAACAUCGCCGCGCGUAAGGCGGCUCUUACCGAGCUCGCGGCGACGAACUUUGACCUCAGGGGAAAGGUCGACGCGCUCAUCGGUGAAUACGAACGCAAUGUACGGCGACUGAAUGAAAAACACGAGGCUGGGUUUUUGAAGCAGCAGGCUGCAUUGACAGACCAUCUGCAACAGAAGAGAGCAGAGCGGAUGGCAGAGAGAGAGAAGUCGCAGGCAGGAGAGAGACAGAGUUUCAUCGUACGAGCUGAGAAGCUUACACAACCCGACGAAUUACUAAAGGCUUAUCAGGAUUUUGAGCUGAAGCAAAACUCUAAGAUGAGCAAGUUCCAUGAUGACACUGACAAAUCCGAGCAUCGUGAGAUGGCAGCUAUGCUAAUGGAGGUGAAGUCGGACAGAGACAGGGAGCUGCAGAUGAUAGAUGAGGCAUUCAUUAAUAAGCUGCAGGACAGCUUGGCUCUUCCCUCAGCCGACGUCACACGCCUAAUCCAGAUGCAUCUGACAUACAUGCGCAACUUCACCCGAGCUAAGGAGGCGGAGAGACAGCAAUAUAGCACCAUACUGCAGGACGGUCUACGCGAGAGACAGAGGCGAUGGCAAACCGACUAUCAGAGUUCACAGGAUGAGCAGAGAGCCUUGUUGGAACAACAGGACAGCGCCGUCACCAAGGUGAUGGAGAUACAGAUGGGACUUGACGACGAAGCACGCAAGCAAAUCUUGCUGGAGCACAGACAUAACAUGCAGAUGUUGAGCAACCAACUGCUGAUGAGCAAGCAAAGACAGUACAAAAUUUUGGUGAGGAAGUUAAAUGUGAAGAGAGCGAAUCUGGCAGUACAGCGCAGACAACAUAAACACGAUGUUCAUUCUAAAAGUGCUGGCACCCCUGACAAACUGUUGCUGCAGGAGAUCAGUAUGGCAGAGAGAGUGUUGCACGCUGAGCAUGAGGAGGCGUUGACCAGCCUGCGUCAGACCCUCGCGACAGAGACACAGCAACUGCUGAAGGAGCAAGAUCAACGAUUAGCUGCUGUUAUCGGCCGUCUGCAGGUGGGGCGAGCACGCAGACGGGCAGCUAUCCAGCAACAGGAUAAUACGAUCGGGGAGCUACAACUGCAGCUAGGCAACAAACAGAGUCAGCAGCCUGUAACUACAGACGCUGCUGGUAGACAGGAGCUCGCUACAGAUCCCCUCAGAACUGAUCACAUACUACAUCAGCACAUGAAGGUCAGUACAGAUACCAGCAAGGCUCCUGAGAGGCGUGUGAGCAUAAGGAGGGUCCUAAACUCGACGAGACUGGACGUGGCGAAGGAAAAGGCAGAGCCGAACAGGCGAGGAGGAAGAAGGGGAGAUUGGACUGAAGGCCAGACCUCAAUAGAGCAGCUGCACCGACAAAAGCUGGAUGGAUUUCGAAGGGAUAUGAGAAUCUACCAUCAAAGGCAAAAGGAAGAAUUAGACCAGCAGAUGGCAGCACAACUGCACAGAGCUCUCACAGAUCAGAAGAAGAGCUUUCUCGUGAAGCUGGCGGCCAUUACAAACAUGUCCGAAGCCGAGUUACAGAAACUCGUAGAGAAAGUCGUCGCUAAUGGCAGAGGUGAUUCAAAGCAGGCAGCUCAACUGGUCAAGGAUCUUCUACAGAAGCUGAAGAAAGCCAAGCUGAAGAUGGAUAAACACAAGGACGAGAAACCACCAAAUGGGGGCGCCACUAGUGGUGCCGACGGUCGCGGUUUUGAGAGCGAUGUAUAAUAUUGGCUCCAUGGCUCCCUCGAGUAAUUAACCAUGUUAUGAAUGAGGUAACCCUCAUUGUGGGUGUGUUACAACAAGGGCACCCAUCCAGUGGGAAAACGGACCUAUCCCUCCGAGAAAAAUAACCACUUUCCCUUGGAUACUGUUGACAGGUAGUCAGGUUAACCCAGUUUGUAUGUGAUGCAUGCUAAAAUGUAAACUUAUGGCACGCCGAUACUAAGCAUGAUGUUUAGAAUGCUCUAUCGUGAUGCUGAUUGGCUAGCCUGUUGAUCACGUGAGGCAAAAAGGUGCGUUGUCAUCUCUGCUCCUGCUAGGGGGGCAAAUGGUUGCCUUGGUUGUUGGUUGUAGUUGCUGGCAGCUUGGGGUGUGCUGACGAGGCAUAAGACAUCUUAUAUUGUUUCCAAGUCUCUACCAUUCCUGUUCCGCAUCAGCACUGCAGCCUCUCUGCAAUAGAUGCUUCAGUAUAUUGCGCGAGAAAUCGCUUUCCAUGGUUUCAGCUUUUGUCGUAAAAAAGUAGUUGGAAGUGAGACGAUUGUUUUAUUGUGCAGCAGCUGUUUUUGUAUGACGUGCUGCCGAAUAGAGAAAGUGUGGUUUGCAUUAAUGUUCUGCUGCUACUGCCUGCUGUCCGAGGCUGAUGUUAACUUGUUGAUGCAAAGCCCUGCUGUUGGUGAUUGCUCAGAAAUAGAUUCUGAGUGUGUCGAUAAACGAAGGGUUUGCCGUUGCAGAUUAUGUUAUAUAAAUUUUGUUGUUGCUGUGGUUGUUGGGCUGUAUUAUGUAUUUAUGCUAUGCCAGAUUUACAAUCAAUAAGAUGGUUUUGUUGGUAACGUAGUUAGUUCUUGUGAAAUUCUUCCUUUCCCCUGAUCUCCCAGUGGCUGUUAAAAUUAUAAUGACCUAUUUUUUAAGUGCUCGAUGUCAAACCGUAACAGAUUCCAAACUCGAUUAAUGUAAUAUUUCAGUUUCCCUCGGAAGUUAAUUAGUUAAGUUAAUUAUUCAUAAUUGGAGUAUAGUAUGAAAAUGCCGUGCGGUCGAGCUGUUGCCAGCCGGUUUAUCACGUUAUGCUAUACUGUAGACAAGAAUACACUAUACCGAAUCGGUGCUGGCCACCGUGUGGGGUCCUAGAUUUUCUAGCGGAUUCCCUGAGCAACACACUCUCCCUCUCAUACGAGACACACUGGUCGGAAGGAAAUGGCCCAUAGGCCUGGCCUGUAGUGUUCUCUAAAUAUGAUUUCACUCUCUUGGCAAUCGUUAUCCAACUAUGUUUUUAUGCUGUUGUUGUUGCGUAUAGUUUGAAAUAUUAUAUAUUCCUAUAAAUGUGUACCUGAUCGUGUGUUGCAUGAUGGUGUGUGUGUGUGUGUCGUCGUGCGUGCGGUGGUGCGUGCG